AUGGAAUCCGAAUGGCUUCGUGAGGGCCUCUGCUAUGCUUUGAGAGCUUCCAUAUUCACGACCGAUACCGGCGACUCUCAACCUCCAGGUCGGGAUCCACGUCUUCGGAAACUGAUUGAGAAGGUACUAUGGUCGAGGAGAUUUGUCUUGACAUAUCAUUUCGUCAUUUUGGUCUUCGUAACCGUUCUCUCGGCCUCGCACUGGAUAUCCAAAGCGCUUAGAUGGCAUCGUAAGCGCGUAACGAGGGUACAUUUUCUGAAGGAUGAGGACCAGUAUGAUGGAGAUGCCCGAACAAUCGUUCCUUCGUCAAAUGAAGAUACUAGACUUGUGUACUCCUCGGGCGGCAGUACGAUCCAGGGCAUUUCUAGUCCUCCUCGAAAGGACAUUGAUGAAGCUACCCCACUUCUCGCACCUAGCAUCAGCUAUCACUCUGGAAGGUCAUUGGUAUCACUCGUCAGAGCCCUUUUGAUCUAUCAACCUGCGCCAGUUCCAGUUAUCGACAAAAUUCUACCACCGAAUGGCACUUCUGUCGUUAUUCUUUCAUUUUUGGGCCUAAAUUUGUUCUACAUAUUCUAUGGCAUAAGCAUCAACGCUAUUGACUUUGUUGUUCUAGCGGACCGACUCGGUCUUGUAUUUUCUGCAAACAUACCUCUUCUAUAUCUACUAGCUGCAAAAAGUCAGCCUCUAAAGUUUCUCACUGGUCGAUCUUAUGAAUCUCUGAAUAUUUUUCAUCGUCGACUUGGGGAGCUGUUAUGUUUGGAGGGUUUCUUCCACUCUAUUGGAUUUCUUCUCGUCUGGUAUGUGCUGUUUAGGCCAAGCGGCUUUGGGCUUGUCCGCUUUUUACUUCUGAGGAGGAAUCUGAUAGGAGUUGGGAUGCUCUUUGCGUACGAGUUGCUUUACUUUACCUCGCUUGGGAGCUUCCGGCAGCGUUGGUACGAGCUGUUUCUAGGAUUUCAUGUUAUCUUUCAAGUUCUGGCUUUACUGGGUCUGUACUUCCACCACCACACCGGAAGGCCAUAUGCUCUUGCCGCUUUGAUCAUCUUCCUUCUGGACCGAAUUCUGCACCGAUUCAGCAUGAAGAGCGUGAUGACAGAAGCUCGAACCAAGAUUCUUGAAGAUGAAGAUACUGUCAGAGUCUCCUCUACCAUCGUCCUACGUUCAAGAUCCGGGCUUCUUCAUGUGUUUGGCAAGUCAAUUUAUAGUGGCUGGCACGCCACCGAUCACAUUUUCGUGACCGUUCCGUCACUGUCUCGAAUACAAGCUCACCCUUUCACCAUCGCUUCUGCCGCACCAAGGUCAGGAGACGAGGUAGCUCAGAUGGACCUCAUCGUUCGAGCCCAAGACGGCUUCUCUCGAGAUCUCCUCAACGCAGCCCGUCUUCACAAGAGUCUCAAUAUUCGCAUCGACGGCCCUUACGGAAGCUCUCACGCUCGCGAGAUGCUCGAAGAUUCCGACUUGGCCCUUCUGGUAGCAGGCGGAAGCGGCAUUGCGGUUUCCUGGCCUGUGGUCAAACAUCUCCUCGACAUCAACCGAUCCUCAGAAAUAGAAAUCGCAGCAGCUUUCUCACUGCGCAAACAAAAAGUGGUGCUUAUCUGGGUGAUUCACGAGACUGCACAUCUCUCAUGGCUGGGAAGAGACGCGCUAGCUGAGGCAGAGCUCCUAGGUGCUGAAGUUAUCAUCCCGCGUGCGACGGAAGAGAUUGGCCGGCCAGACUUGAAGACGAUGAUUUGUGAUUUGGUGGAUUUGCAUGCGAGAGGGAAGAGGACAAGUGUAGUUGCUAGUGGCCCAGAUGGGAUGGGGAGAUUGGUCAGAAAUACGUGUGCGGGUCUUGUGAAGGAUGGAAGGCAAGUGGAUGUGGCGAUUGAGAAGUUUGGGUGGUGA